GGCAUGGGGCAUGGUUGUUUGUGGGUUUGUUUGAGUAAGGCAAUCAAGCUACACAUAGGAUAGUCCUGAAACCAUGCCUCUUGUUGAAGAGCUUUCGAGGGAAGUAGAAAUAAAGGCAGCUGCAACUGAAUUCUACAACAUCUUCACACACCAUUCCUUCAAUCUCCCAAAUAUUUCUCAGUCCAUCCAGAAAGUUGAAGUUCAUGAUUCCAUCAAGUUCUGGUAUUACACAGUCGAUGGUAAAGCUGAAAUUUACAAAGAACGAGAGGAAUUCGAUGAUGACAACCUACUCAUAUCCAUGAUUGGAGUGGGAGGAGAUGUGUUCAAGUAUUACAAGGCCUUUGACGUCAUUUUUCAAGUUAUACCAAAAGGACUUAAGCUUAGCUCGGUAAUUUUGCGCAUGAAAUAUGGGAAACUUGAUCAUAACUCUCCUGAUCCUGAUCCUGACAAGUACGUUGAAUUCUUGAACAACUUGAUCAAAGACAUUGGAUCUCACCUUAAAGAUAAAUAAACCUCUAUAUGUUUCUAUGUGAGUUUCAUCUCUCAUUCAUAUUAUAAUACGAUUGAGUAUGCUGCGUCUUAGUUGUGUUUUGCUCCCAGUCUACAUAAUCUUCUAGACUUGAUGGGUAUGUUUGUACUUAUUACCUAUGGUUCUCUAUGUUUGUGAGGAUUUUCUAUAAACUAAAUAAGUAUCCUCAUGUAGACUAGAAGAAGCUCGAUUCUCGUGUAUUUUCUCAGUUAUAUAAAAUGUUAUCUUUUAAUA